UUUAAUCAGAUACGCUGCCUGGUCACACGCGGGGCGAAGGUGACAGUUGUGCCUUGGGAUCAUCCACUGAGAAGCAACGAAUAUGAUGGCCUUUUUAUAAGCAAUGGACCUGGAGAUCCGACCCAGUGUGUUGCCACCAUUACCAAUCUACGGAAGUUGAUAGAAGAAGAGAAUUGCAAACCGGCAUUCGGUAUCUGUCUCGGUCACCAGUUGCUCUCAUUAGCAGCUGGUGCAAAAUCGUUUAAGAUGAGCUGCGGCAAUCGCAGCCACAACCAACCGUGCACGCACCAUGGCACCGAGCGCUGCUUCAUCACCACGCAGAACCAUGGCUUUGCUGUUAAUGCCGUGCAAUUUCACCCGGAGCACAUGGCCGGACCGAGGGACCUCGAAGACCUCUUCACUGUCUUCCUGGACGCGGUGCGCGAUUGGAAGGCUGGCGAGAGAGGCGCCCAGAGGGGAGGCCCAGAGGGCGCUGUCUGA